AAGAGAAGUCGGGAGUGGGGAGAAGGGGGAGAGGAGAGGGAGGGAAAGAUGGCAAGGGGGGAGGGAGGGGAGUAAAGGAGUUGACUGGAUGAAGUCUCGUGCUUUACACCCGGCAGUUCAGUCCUGCGUGCGCACCGAUACCCACACUCACACUCACUCACACUCACACGCACGCACACACCGCGCGGCGGAGACGUUGCAUGGUAAUUGGUGUUGUCGUCGUAGUAGUCGCGGCCUCUUCUCCCGACAGACACAGCGACUGUCCACACGGACAUUUCCGGUCUCCUACACUUCGUGGCAAUAUCAGUCUUAAUGACACCUCCCCGUCCUCCUCCUCCCCCACCACCACCCUUCAUACCCGACUCCUUCGCUUCCUCCCCGCGUAGCUGCGGUGCCGAUGUUCAUGCGCCGAGCCAGUAAACCGUAGGUGUGCCGACAAAAACGAGUGCAGCUGGAGUCAAGUUUCCCGAGACAACUCCCGCGGUUGUGUUCUUGAAAUUCUCUGAAAAGUGAUCGUUCAGUGUCUUGUUUCCGCCCCCGCCUCCCUACAAACUCUCGCCCCGCCCUUCUGGCUACAAGUCUUCAGAUCCGUCGGUUGGACCAUCAAGGAAGGUUGUCAUCUUCUCGUAACGGUUCCUCGUCUGUUAGCCUCCAUCGGGAAUAUGGACAGUGUUCACAGCAGGUACAUCGGAGAUACGCAAGCAGGAUACAGAAUAUUUUGUGAUCGUGUUGCAUCAGGAUAUCGAGAGGACAGAGGCUUGCAGGAUGUCUGUGGCGGCCCUCGGGGUGGGCAGGCUGAGUACCAAUCCUCCACAACUCCUGUUAAAGUUCUUUUAGUCUACAACAGUGUUCCGACAGGCUUGAGCACUACUCACCUUCACCAUGCUGGAUGGUUACCAUGGAUUCCUCUUGGCCCUUUGCCUGAUUGUACCCUGCAGGGCAUCCGAUUCCCGAGAGAAGAAGAUGCAGGCCCUGGAGGGAGCCAUGGGGCUGUUGGAGUGCCCAGUGUUCCAGUACGGCAGCGGACAGCGGGUCACGUGGACGAAGGAACGUUCCGUCGAAGUGACGAAGAUCAGCCCGCGGCUGACCGUUAAUCAGAGGAGCGGCGCACUGCGCAUCCACAGGGCGCAGUUCACGGACAGCGGCCGCUACACCUGCACCGUUAGAGACGGCAACGACACCAUGAGCCGAGACACCACCCUCGACGUCGUCUCUUAUCCCAGGAUAACCAUGGUCCAGAAUGCCUCAGUAGCCAGGGGCGAGGAAGCCACACUUCUGUGCAAAGUAGAAUCCACUCCGGCCUCGGAUAUCUCCUGGCAUCGUCUGGAUGUACCUCUCGGACCCCCUGAAGUGACUGCAGCACCGCAAUCAGAGAACACGAUGGACUAUGAUGUCUUCACCAGCACCAGUGAGGGUGUGACUUCCGUCACGGUCAGUGAGCUCCGCUACCGCAGCGUCCAGCCGGGUCACGCCGGCCUCUACCUGUGUCUCGCCGCCAACGACCCGGGGUCAGCGCGCGCCAUUCUGGCCCUCAGCGUCAUCUAUGCUCCCAUUGCGACAGUUCCAGAACCUGUGGUGGUGGCUUGGGCGGGCAAGGUGCCGGACAUCCACAUGAUAUUCAAAGCCACGCCACCCCCACGCGUAUCCUGUUUCCAUGACAACCAGACUGUCGGCCCGAAUAGUCACUGGAUCAUGUUUGUUGACACGCAUGAAGAGAUUACAAAUGUUACCCUGAAAAUUGACCCAGAGAAGGCGUCAAACGAAACAGAUAUUUACACCAACUACUCGUGCACAGCUACCAACACUGUAGGGCAGACAACUGCAUCCGUUACAGUGACGGAAGGAAGAGCUCCGGACCCCCCGCAGGUGAGGAUCGACAGUCAGAGGCCCACGUGGAUUGUUCUGGAAAUAACCAUGCCGCCAUACAUGGGGAUUCCCCCGGCGGACCGAAUCGUCACUCGCUAUGAAGACCUCACAAGUCUGGAGGAAAUCAAAGAGUUUGAUGAAGCUAUCACGCCUCGAACAAGCGAAACGAAUCAGAAGUGGAACCUGACCGGCCUGCAGCCAGGCCACACCUACAGACUUGUCAUGCACCUGUCCAACACCCUGGCCAACAGCAAGGCCACAGUGCUGACCACUACUCUCCCGCUUCAUGCCGCUCCAGAUCCAGUCCAGUUCGUUUCUCCACCCCAGGGGGACUAUCCUCGAGCCUAUGUCCUCCGCUGGCUAGCCCCCGUCACACACGGCGCACCUUUGAGCAACUACACCCUGAGCUAUGCUGCUGUCGCCGUGCGGGAAGGCGAGGAUGGUGUUCGAGUGGAGAGAGUGAUCGGCCCGGAACACCCGGUGACAGUGCAGCGGAUGGCGAAGACGUUGGUGAUAUCCGGGUUGUCGGAGAACACCUUCUACCGCGUCAACAUGACGGCGCACAACAACGUGGGGGCCUCAGCGCCCUCUAUCUUCAUCUUCAGGACCGGCAACGACACAGCUCAUGGAGAGAGACACCAGGACAUCGCCGACAGACCGGAAGUCCAUUACUCACGGUUGCCUCCAGACACGAGGAAUUCACAGGUGCAGGUGGAGGAGACCAUACAGCCCGGCACCUCCCUGGGGCAGGAAAACUCCUCCAGCAGAACUUUGCCCCGCACCAUUACCCCGAUCCUCCUUGCAUAUCUUGCCCUCCUUUUAUCCACCUGCCUGACACGUGACAGACCUGCCUGACACCGCCUUCUCACCUGGGUGUGCAGUUCCAGACGUUCUGCCAAAGUUCACUGACAUGCAGGAUAUAUUUAUUCCAUGGAGUUUUCUUUUCAAAAAAAAAACAACAUUGUGCAUUGUGAUGUCCUUUCUUACGGCGAUUUCCUUUUGGCGACCUGGGAUAUGUUACAGUUUUCUCGCAUCUGUAAACCAACAACGAAUGGAAGCAAUAUCUCCCACCUGUGCGGAAUGGAGCGAAUAUUUGUGAGCUUUUGUGAGGGUUGAUGGCUGUGAGGUAGGUCUACGUGAUUGUGCGGACUGACGCCUGUAAGAACCACGUGACAUGUGGAUUGACACCUGUAACGGUUACGUGAUGGUGGCACUGACACCCGUGGAGCUGCUUGGUGCACCUGCAAUAGAAAGUAUGCAGCGAGAGGAUAUCUCGGUACCCGUGAAUGUGAUAACGCCUGAGACAAAGACCCACUCACCUACCCGACUACGAGUGGUCCGUCUUCGGCAUUUACUAUCGCUGUUAUCUGAAGUAACAGUCGCACCCGGAUAAGACAAACAUUUCAGUUACUGUAACUGAUUUGUAGAUAAAAUUAAGAGAGAAAAAUUCGUUUGGACAUAAUUUGUUUUGUUGUGAGCUGUGUUUACUGUCAUCUACUGUUCACAACAUGUCUCCAGAAAAGAAGACCCUUACUUACCCCUGUUCGUUUUAUCCGGGUUCGAUUGUAUAUUAUGGUUGUUGACAUACAGAUCGAGGUCUCAUUUCUUCAAGCACUAACACUAAAACAUUUGCAAUGAGAAGAUAAUAAUUUCUUCUUAGAGUUGUAGUUGUACUGCGAAAGCUGUGUUGUGUAGGUAGGGCUCAGUUGACAGUCGUCGGUGUUACUGCCCAGUGAACAAGUCUGAUGCUAGAGUAGAUAGUUGACAUCUGUAAGCUAGUACACAAAUCUUUAACAUAGACUUUGUAAAGUUGUUAUUAUGUUGGCUUCAUAAGCUAAGUUGUUAUAUUGACUGGCUAGUCCACGUGGCAAUACUUGUGUAAUGUUUUCUCUACCAGAUGAGUUUCGAACAUUGACCAGCAUCUGCCAUCCACCACAUUAUUCAACAUACAAUUCACGUUAUUUAGUUGUUGUUUAUUUUUUACUUAGGUCACUCAAGAUGUUUUCUACUUGUGCAAAGAAACGCAUAUAAACUGAGCUCUGUUUACUGUUUUGUCGAGUGUCCUCUGUGGUUGGUCGUUAGUUUGUUGCAUGUCCUAUAGUCAUGAUUGCAUAAUCUCUAGUAAGAUUACACCUUCGUCAUGUUUGCAAA